GCGAGCCAUCAGGGCAUUAAGACGAGAGUGACAUCUUACUGAAGCUUAAUAAGCAUCACCAGGACAUCGUGGGAGCCCAGCAAACGCGCUUCCCUGCCACUGGGUUAGGGAAGGCUUGACGGAAGGACGAUUUCGGAGGACGGCAGGUGUCAGCCAGGCAGCGGAACGAGAGCCAACAGGCGCGCUGGGGCGGAGAGACGCUUUGAGCAAGGUGAGGCAGAGGGCACGCGCGGCGCCACCCGCCACUGGCUAGGACGCCCGACGGCUAGAGAGGACGCCUUAGGGGCCCACGAGCAGGCUAGAGAAUAAAACAGGGCUGGCAGGGCGAGGUGGAGAGACUCGAAAAGGACCGGCCAGAUGUCGAAGUUCCUAGUAAGGAGGUCGCCCGAGCCUCCGCCGAGACGCGUGACUACAAUUACCACAAUCCCCAGCGCCUGCGGUUCCGGCGUCGCCUUGUUCUAGACGGGCGGCUGCACUGCGCGGGGAAUCGGCGUGGGGUCACGUGGUGCCGGCGCGUCACGUGGGGGAGUCAGGUGAUGCUGCGGGGCGGGCGGACAGACUGCGGGGCGGACGGUGGACGCUGGGACGCGUUUGUAACUCCGGCCCCACGGUUCCGACCCUCGCCGCCGUCGCUGCCAUGACGGGGCUAGCGCUGCUCUACUCCGGGGUCUUCGUGGCCUUCUGGGCCUGCGCGCUGGCCGUGGGAAUCUGCUACACCAUUUUUGAUUUGGGCUUCCGCUUUGAUGUGGCAUGGUUCCUGACGGAGACUUCGCCCUUCAUGUGGUCCAACCUGGGCAUUGGCCUAGCUAUCUCCCUGUCUGUGGUUGGGGCAGCCUGGGGUAUCUAUAUUACUGGCUCUUCCAUCAUUGGUGGAGGAGUGAAGGCCCCCAGGAUCAAGACCAAGAACCUGGUCAGCAUCAUCUUCUGUGAGGCUGUGGCCAUCUACGGCAUCAUCAUGGCAAUUGUCAUUAGCAACAUGGCUGAGCCUUUCAGUGCCACGGACCCCAAGGCCAUUGGCCAUCGGAACUACCAUGCAGGCUACUCCAUGUUUGGGGCUGGCCUCACCGUAGGCCUGUCUAACCUCUUCUGUGGAGUCUGCGUGGGCAUCGUGGGCAGUGGGGCUGCCCUGGCCGAUGCUCAGAACCCCAGCCUCUUUGUAAAGAUUCUCAUCGUGGAGAUCUUUGGCAGUGCCAUUGGCCUCUUUGGGGUCAUCGUCGCAAUUCUUCAGGUGAUGAAUCCCCUUGGGGAGCCUCUGUGUCCUUGUCCCCAACCUAGCCUUACCCUCCUUCUGGAGAAGCUGAAGUGCUCUCCUUCUCUACCUAUAACUAUAGAUUCCCCCAAACAGCUUCCACCUCCUCAUUUCCAUCUUCUGGUUUUCUCCUGCAGGGGCUAUUUUUGUCUCUGAUUUGGUAUCACUGACAACAGCCCUGUUUUGUUUUUCCCCCUUUCUAAUGCUUUGUAUAGCUCUCACUUAGUCUCUCCCUCUUUCUGUUCUCUCAUUUUAUCUGCCAUGCUCUUCGUGCCUCCAGUCUGUAUUCGUGAUCUAGACUAGGAUGGAAUUUUGUCUGUCUAUGUCAGUCUAUCAUGGUGUGUUUGACUGCCUGUCGGAGCUAUGUGUAUUUCUCUGUGACAUGCCUGUCAGUAGGACAGCAUUGUCUAAAUUGUGUGUGUCUAGUCUGUCUGACAGUGUGAGUUUGUGACUAAGGAUCAGCCUGAGGGUCUGAGUGUGACUGUGGGUACUUGACUGGGUUGACUCUUAGUGACUAGCUUUACCCAUAUGCCUCCUCUCUCCAUCUGUCCCACAGUGUAACUCUGUGGUUGUCUGUCCCUGUCUGUCUGCCUUGUCUGUCACAGUGUGUCCAUCCUGGUUAGUCAUAAAUCUCUUGUGGUCUGUCCAUCCAACCAUGUGCUAGGUCUCAUUUUCUGUCAUUUGUCACUGCCUUACGUAUUCCUCUGUCCCUGCCUGAUUUUUCCU